UCGAUUUAGAAGUACAAUUGUUGCAAUCGAUACCAUCCUUACUUCUUCUCUUCUGUUAGCUCCACGAAACCUAGGGUUCGUCGGCCUGUUUGAUGUCGAUAGCAUUUUUCCUGGGGGCGCGCAAAAUAAAGGUAAUUUCUUUCCUGUAUUCCGGAAUCCAUUCCCCGAGUAUAGGUAUUUUCCGACAAAAAUCCGCUUGGGUUUCCGCAUAAUAUCUAAUUGUCCUGAAUCCCAUUGGGAAGUAUUCCGCACCUUGAUUGGGUGUAUGGAUUUGGAGGAGGAGCACCCUACAUCCAAAUCUGUUGAGGGGGAGAAAGGAAGUGAGACUUCUAAUAAGAUGCUGCCUUCGGAUGAAAUUUGGGCGGAUUCCCACGACGAGGUCGCUCCUGAAGAGCCACCAAAGCUUGUUGACACUACUGAAAAUUGUUUCACUGAUCCAGCAGUUGCCGUAUUUGAAUCAUUAGUUGAGGCGGUAGGGUCUCCUCCCACAGUGGCAGACCCUAUCAGAGAUGAAACUACAAAAGAAGUCAGUAGCAAUUCUCAAUCUCCUGCAAGUAAUACAGAGUUAGUGGAAUCAACACCGGUGGUUACUAAGGGGAAUGGGCUGAGGAAAUGGAGGAGGAUAAAGAGGGAUUUGAAAAAGGAUGGAGGUAGCAGUGCUGAUUCCGCCCAGAUUCUGAAGCGCAGGCUGCAAAAUACUGAGCCUUUCAAGAGCGAAGAGGAGAAUAAGUUGAAGAGUAAGGCUGAGGCUGAUCGUGAAGAUUCGGUAGCAUCUUUGGAAUCGAGGAAUGCAGAUAUCAAUCCCCUUCCGCUUGGUACUGGGGGCCUGAACCUGGAGCUGGAGCGCUUGGCAAGUGGUGGCUUUUCCAUUGGCGUGGAUUCAGAUAACAGCGAAGAUCACAAUAGCAAAUCAUCUACAGCUACUAGUGCUCCACGGAUGAGGCAUGAAGCGCUUUCAUCAGGCAAGGAUAGAGGGAGGCUGAAAAUUUUUUGUGGGAAGGGAACAAACCGUCUCGGUAUUCAGAAGGUUCAACAGUGCAGAGGAGGGACGGUUGAUGCCAACAAAAAAAACAAAGGAGAUUUGGCUAGAUUUGAGGAGAACUCUCUUUCUAGUGUGGAGUCUGAUUUGAGAAGCGCUGUAGCUGGAGUGGUGCAAUGGGGCAGUGUGGAUGGCAGUAACGGAAAUCCUAAUAGAAGGUCUUUGAAUUUUGACGAACAUAGUGAUGAGGCUCAUACAGGAGAAGAGGCUCGAUCAGGCUACUUUAAAGAAAAUGGGAAGGCUGAAAACCUAUCCAGAGAAGAUUUGGAUGCUGAGCUUUUGGAGGAGAACAAUCAAAAGAGUGGGAAUUUCCAGUCAAGUUCUGAUCUUGAUCCUUUAAUUGAAUCAAUGGGUUCCCUUCACGAGGCCGAAAAAGCGCUAGAAAAAGAAAUCCAAAAGAUUGCAGCAAUGGGAAAGCAGUACGAUGAAAAUGAUAGGCAGUUUGAAGGAAUCAUACCUUACAAUUCUCAGAUGCUUGAAGCAUAUUUAGUUGAUUUGAGGAAAAAGGCUGAGAAUCAGGAGUCCAAGCUGGAGGAAGCAUCAACAGUACUUGAAGCCAAGGAACAGAAGCUGCGAGAGCUUGAAUCACUACUUAGCAAAGCUCAGUUGCCAAAUAUGGAAGGCACAUGUGCCCAUUUAUUACCCAUUCAAGCACAAGAAGAAGCGUUGGAUUCUGAACUUGAAGUCCUCAUAAAGGAAAAGAUGGAGGCAGAAAUUGAGUAUUUUAUCAUAACUAAAACUAUACAAAACUGGAAAAUCCUCUCCGAGGAUUAUAUUGCUCUAUGUAGAGAGCAGAGGUAUCUGGCUGGCGAUCAAGAACAGAUUAUGCUAAAGCUUAAAGAUGCUGAGGAUAAGAUCAUCAUGUUGAAUGUGCAGAAAGACAAGUUAGAGGCAUAUUGCAAGGAGCUGGUAGCGACAGAGAAUGUCCUGAGGCUGAAAAACAAGGUCUGUAGGUUUUCUUUCUGCGUUCUUGUUCAGCUGAUGCUUUUGAGCAUUUCCUUUGUAUUAUUUCUCAUGCAGUUGUUGUCCCCAGCUGAUGAUGUUGUGCCGACCUAGGUUUUAAAGCCAAGCCUUGUUUAAUCUCCAUGGCCUCAAAAGUUCUAUUUUUGCCCUCAUGUUUGAUUCUCUUAGAGUGAAUUUUUUACGUAGGCCUUUUUGGUGCAGUUAUUUUUUUAAUAGCAUCUUUUUGGCUUUAUUUGUA